AUGUUAACAAAAAUGAUGUCCAGUCAAAUGUAUUUAACACGAUUAGAUGUAUUAAAAGAUUUAGAAAAAAUUUGGACAAAUGAAAAAGAAGUACUUGCAAUUUAUUUAGCUACUUUACGAUCAUCACAUCAUUCAAUAAGACAUGUUCAUAAUAAUUCAAUAAGUUUAUUCUUUUUUCAAAAUCGAUCUUCUUUAACAAAUACUUUACGUGGUGUAACAAAUGAAGAAAAACUUAAUAAUCUUUGGGUUAAAAUGCAAAUUACUGUUAAUUCUAUAUUUGAUAAAUUAGUUACACGACAUAAUGUUGAUGAAUUACGUCAAUUAAUUCUUAAUGAACCAGAUGUUCAUCCUGGAGCCAAUUUUGUUGAACUUGAAGACGGAACAAUUCGUCGUUUAUUACCAAAUAAUUUAUCUAAACGAACAGCUGUUGCUAAACUUUAA